CACGAUCGAAAACCAUUCAGAGAAAAGAGAAUACACAAUACCCCCACCACCCCCACCCUCAAUCCCAGAGAGGGAGAUUGUUUUCUCUCUCUCUUCUGCGCUGUUCAGCUUAGGCCUUGUUGUUCUGUUUUGGCUUUUUGGAACCAAACUGCAGCCAUGAACGACAAGGCUUCCGUUUCCAAGGAGCUUAAUGCCAAACAUGCAAAGAUAUUGGAGGGCCUUCUUAAGCUUCCAGAAAAUAGGGAAUGUGCAGAUUGUCGGGGAAGGGCCCCAAGGUGGGCGAGCAUCAACCUUGGGAUAUUCAUCUGCUUGCAAUGUUCAGGAAUUCAUCGGAGUCUUGGGGUGCAUAUCUCAAAGGUAAGGUCGACAACUUUGGAUACUUGGCUGCCGGAGCAGGUUGCUUUCAUGCAAUGUGUAGGUAAUGAGAAGUCGAACAAUUAUUGGGAGGCAGAUCUACCAGCAAGCACAGAUAGAAGCGACAUUGCAAAAUUUAUUCGGACCAAGUAUCAGGAGAAAAAAUGGGCUUCUAGAUAUGCCUCUCAACCAGCCCCAUCUAAUAUGGUUGCUGAAACAAGCGAAUUUGGAGCAACAGCUGAUAUUCCAAGGAAAGCAAGAAAAUAUUCCUUGGAGGAAGAAGUUUUUAAUGAACAACAGCCACAAGUUCCUUCAACUACAAGAUCUCGUGGGGUUUCUUUGGACACGAUGGAUGAAAUUCUUAAUUUACCUCCAAAAAACAGUCUCAUCAGUAACCCAUCUGUGAAGAAAAAGGAUGAUACAAAGGAUCUCUUCACUUUGCUCUAUGCCUCAGAGGCAAAGCAAGAUCGCACUAUUGUGCCUCCAUCUCGCUGGGCAACCUUUGAGUGAGCUGAUGAGACCAAGAGAAGAACCAGUUGGGAAUGAUAUUCUAGCACUUUUUUGCAAUGGAUUAGAGUUCAUGGAUGAUAAGUCAAGAAAAAAGCUGCACUUCAACACCAGGAGGGGCCUCUUUUACUUGUGAAGAUUUGCUGGGAUUGUUUACUGGGAGGGAAUAGUCUCAAUCCAUUGUUAUUAGUUUUCAUGGGUCAAGCAACAUGUAGAGAGUUAAUACUAGUUGUGUGCAAUAUGAUUUAAAAUUUAAAGAGUUGGCAACUGGAUUCUACCACCACUUGUAUCUUAAAGACUAAUGUAUGGAUCAUUUAUUUUUUGUUUAUAGAAAGUGAUUUCCUUCA